AUGAAUCUCUGCGCAAAGGUAAGAUCAAUAAAUUUUUACAAACGACUUUCAUAAUCGUGCGUCAGUAUGUCAGUCGGCAGAAGCAAUAUAAUUAUAAUUAAGUAUGAUUAAGUACAAUUGAUUAGAAGUCUCAACUUUUUUAUCAAUCAAGAUGCCAGUUCUAGAUGACUUACACAGUGAUGUAGAGUACAGUACAAUCAUUUCAGUCAUUUGCUUUUAAAUUUUAGUUCUUACAUAAUUAUAAAUAGCUUUUGCAAUACUGUGUGUACUUGUAUGAUCCUGCAAAUAAAGAUGGUUGUUGUUGUUACUUUGUUGCCGAUCUACCUGUGAAUUUCUCAGUUUUCAAGACAGUCAAUGACAUUUUUUUUGGUGUAAGGCUUGGCAACAAGCCUAAGUUACAGUGGACGUCUUAUCUGUUCAAUGCUAGAAAAAAAAAAGACACUUUGAGGUAUCAGGUAGCAGUUUAAUGUCUAUUCCUGUCCUUUUUUAACAGAUGGUUCUUUCUAUAACUGUUAUCCUGAGUGUUUGCACAAUUUGUCUUACAAAACCUCUUUCGCCAAAGAAAUCAUUCCUUCGCAACCUGACCUUCAAUAAAACACUGCGUAACCAAGAAACCCAGCCAAACACAGAUGUCUUUCAAGCUGAAGAGAGCAUUAGCCAAGAGAGUAAUGUCGCAAGUGUUGUAAACGAAUUUCUUGACAGGCCGACACCCCGUAAUCGCACAACAAGGGAUGCUAGUCACCCAUGCGUUUCUCGAAUCGUGAGGGUUUACGAUUCGUGUAGAAAGGCUUUUGUUUACCAUGUAGACUGCUUGGAUAGCCACGUCUCUUGUUACAAUGCAAUUUUAACCCACCAGUAUGACAAGUGUAAUACCGUUUACGGUUACUGGAAGGCUAAAUUUAUAGGAAGGUGUCCUGCAUUACCGAUAGGUUGCCAAUGUGCCGCCUGA